AGGAGGGAUCUAGGUGUAACUUCCCAAUAGAACCGAAAGCAAAGGAAAGAGUCCGACCCGUUUAACCACGCAGCAGAAACUCGUCUUCUUCAAACAAACAAACAAAGAAUUUACAGAGUUUUCUCUCCAUCAAUGUGCAUUUCAUAAUUUUGGUUUCUCUGCUCCAUUCACUUCAACAAUACCAACCAAUCAAACCCAAUCAUGGCAGAUUCGACGGGUACGACGUUAAUGGAUCUGAUAACAUCAGACCCAUCAUCCACCUCCUCCACUUCAUCACAGUCGACGCCUGCUGCACCGCCACCCUCACUACCUUCACAGACGGCUACUGUGGCGGCUUCCGCAUCAACGGAUCGGAAGAAGAAGGGCACACUGAUGCAGAUCCAAAGUGAUACCAUUUCUGCUGCUAAGGCUGUUCGUGCCAACAUUAUGCCUCAGAAACAAAAGAAAAAGCCAGUUUCUUAUGCACAACUUGCAAGGAGUAUCCACGAGCUAGCAGCAACGUCUGAUCAGAAAAGUUCUCAGAGGCAAUUGGUUCAUCAUGUGUUCCCCAAAUUGGCCGUAUACAAUUCUGUUGACCCUUCUUUAGCACCAUCUCUUCUUAUGCUUGAUCAACAGUGUGAGGACCGGACUGUUCUACGUUAUGUCUAUUAUUACCUGGCCCGAAUUCUCUCAGAUAGUGGUUCGCAAGGUGUAAGUUCAGGUGGUGGGAUUCCUACACCAAACUGGGAUGCUUUAGCUGAUAUUGAUGCAGGUGGAGGAGUGACAAGAGCUGAUGUUGUACCUAGAAUAGUAGAUCGGUUAACAUCAGAAGCCUUAAAUGAAGAUGUUGAAUUUCAUGCACGGCGUCUUCAAGCUUUGAAGGCUCUUACAUAUGCACCUUCUAGCAGCUCUGAGAUUUCGCAGAAGUUAUACGAAAUUGUUUUUGGAAUUCUAGAUAAGGUUGCUGAUACACCACAAAAACGCAAGAAGGGCAUCCUUGGGACGAAAGGAGGUGAUAAGGAGUCUAUUAUUCGGGGUAAUUUGCAAUAUGCUGCAUUGAGUGCGUUGAGAAGACUUCCCUUGGAUCCAGGAAAUCCAGCUUUCCUUCAUCGUGCUGUGCAAGGUGUCUCAUUUGCUGAUCCAGUUGCUGUGCGGCAUUCUUUAGAAAUUCUCUCUGACUUAGCCACAAGUGAUCCAUAUGGAGUUGCAAUGGGAUUAGGGAAACUUGUGCAGCCUGGUGGGGCUCUACAGGAUGUACUCCAUAUGCAUGAUGUUCUUGCUAGAGUUGCACUUGCUAGGUUGUGCCACAGUAUAUCCAGAGCUCGGUCAUUAGAUGAAAGGCCAGACAUUAAGACUCAGUUCAAUUCAGUGCUCUAUCAGCUACUUCUUGAUCCUAGUGAAAGAGUUUGUUUUGAGGCAAUCCUUUGUGUGCUGGGUAAAGUUGAUAAUGCUGAGAGGACUGAGGAACGAGCCGCUGGGUGGUAUAGACUGACCAGAGAAAUUCUUAAGCUUCCAGAAGCACCAUCAGCUAAAGACUCAAAUUCUGAAUCAAAGGAUGCAGCUCCGUCAAAGUCCUCCAAAGAUAAGUCUUCAAAGACAAGGCGCCCUCAACCUUUGAUCAAACUUGUGAUGAGGAGAUUGGAGAGUUCUUUUCGCAGUUUCUCUCGGCCUGUACUUCAUGCAGCAGCACGGGUAGUGCAAGAAAUGGGUAGAAGUCGUGCUGCAGCUUUUGCUUUGGGCUUACAAGAUAUUGACGAAGGAGCUUAUGUUAACACCUUUCCUGAGAAUAACGACUCAUAUGAUCAAGAUCAUAAUGAAACUUCUCACCCUGAAGCUCUGGAUGAGCUAACAGAUAUAAUACAGGAUAGAGUUCAUGGUGUAUUAUUUGCAAAAGAUAUUGUGUUAAAUGGAUGA